AUGUGGAAGAAAUGUGAUAUCUUUGUAGAUCAUGGAAUUGAUGAAGCUGAAGUGGUACCUGAUUUCUUGUUACCUGCACUUGAGGAGGUUGAUAAAGGAAAUGAAACUGAAAUUGUUUAUGAAGGACAAGCUGAUGGUGUGAAGGCGACUUAUCUUCUUGCAGUAGCAUUCUUAGAGAUAAUAAGAUUUAUUAGCAAUGGUGGAAUCCUCAAUGUGCACCCUAGUUCAACUGCUUCUCGAAGUUCUUUCAGCUGUGUUUUUGAAUAUUUGAAAAGUCCUAAUCUUGUGCCAGCUGUUUCCCAGUGCUUGACAGCAAUUGUUCACAGAGCUUUUGAAACUGCAUUAAGCUGGCUGGAAGAUCAAACAUCUGACUCUGGGCGGGCUUCUGAAACUCGAGAAACUACUCUAUCUAUCCAUGCCUGCUUUCUCAUAAAAAACUUGACUCAGAGGGAUGAACAUGUACGAGAUAUCUCAGUUAAUUUGUUGAAUCAAUUUAGAGACCGGUUCCCUCAGAUUUUGUGGAACUCUUCUUGUCUGGAUUCACUGCUGCUCUCUGUUCAGAAUGAUCCUUCUUCAGCUCUUGUCAAUGAUCCUGCUUGGGUUGCAACUGUUCGUUCUUUGUGCCAAAAGACUGUUCGUGAAUGGAUAAUUGUUUCUCUAUCCUAUGCUCCAUGCACUAGUCAGGGCCUUCUUCAGGAGAGGCUCUGCAUAGCAAACACCUUGCAAAAAGCACAACCUACUACAGAUGUUGUUUCUCUUUUAUCUGAGAUCAAGAUUGGUACAGGUAAAAAUGAUAAUUGGUCUGGCACAAAAACUGCAAAUAUUCCUGCUGUGAUAGCUGCAGCAGCUGCAGCAUCUGGAGCCAAUUUAAAAUUGACUGAGGCAUUCAAUUUGGAGGUACUAAGUACUGGUAUUGUUAGUGCAAAUGUGAAGUGUAACCAUGCUGGAGAAAUUGCAGGCAUGAGACGUUUAUAUGAAACAAUUGGUGGGGUUGAUCCUAUGUCCGCUUUUGGAAAUGGACAGAGUCUUGAUCUACCAGGCUAUGGACCUGGAGCUCUCACUCAGAAUCCACAGUCCAAAAAUGGUUCUUUUUGUGAAGUACUGCUUACAAGAUUUGUGCGUUUACUCCAGAAAUUUGUUAACACAGCAGAGAAAGGUGAUGAGGUAGAUAAAUCAUCAUUUCGAGAAACAUGUUCUCAAGCUACCGCUUUGCUUCUUUCAUAUCUGGGAUCAGAUGCAAAAUCAAAUAUUGAGAGCUUUUCACAGCUUUUACGUCUUCUUUGCUGGUGCCCAGCUUAUAUCUUAACACCUGAUGCCAUGGAAACUGGUAUAUUUAUUUGGACAUGGUUGGUUUCAGCAGCUCCUCAGUUUGGUCCUAUUAUCCUUGCUGAAUUGGUUGAUGCAUGGUUGUGGACGGUUGACACUAGACGAGGUCUUUUUGCAUCUGAAGCACGGUAUUCUGGUCCUGCUGCUAAAUUAAGGCCUCAUUUGCAACCUGGGGAGCCAGAAUUACUGCCUGGAAAUGGCCAUGUUGAUCAAAUAAUGGCCCACAGACUAUGGAUUGGAUUUUUUAUUGACCGCUUUGAGGUGGUUCGCCAAGAUAGUGUUGAGCAGCUUUUACUACUAGGUCGAUUGUUACAAGGAUCCACGAAGCUCCCCUGGAACUUUACUCAUCAUCCAUGUGCAACCGGGACGUUUUUCACUCUCAUGCUUUUAGGGCUAAAGUUUUGCUCUUGUAAAUCCCAGGGUAGUUCACAGAACUUCAGGACUGGGCUUCAGCUACUGGAAGACAGGAUUUACAGGUCCGCAUUGGGCUGGUUUUCUCAUAAACCUGAUUGGUUUGACAUGAGUAAUAACAAUUUUGCAUUGAGUGAGGCUCAAUCUGUUUCUGUGUUCGUCCAUCAUCUUUUAAAUGAGCCAUUGGAUACUCAGCUUGAUACAAAGGGACAGGUUCCUGAAAAUGGAAGCUCUAAUGAUGCGAAAGAUCAGUAUCACCCAGUUUGGGGUAAGAUUGAGAAUUAUGCGGCUGGAAAAGAAAAGCGGAAGCAGUUGCUUUUGAUGCUAUCCCAGCAUGAAGCUGAUAGGCUUGAAGUUUGGGCACAUCCUGUUGCCAAGGAAAGUGCUUUGCGGCCUAAAAUUAGCUCAGAGAAAAUGGUUGACUAUGCUAAGACUGCUUUCGCUGUUGAUCCUCGGAUAGCUUUAGCACUUGCUUCAAGGUUUCCCACAAAUAAUGCUCUGAAAGGGGAAGUGACCCAGUUGGUUCAGUCACACAUAUUGGAGAUUCGUAACAUACCUGAAGCUUUGCCAUACUUUGUCACCCCUAAAGCCAUUGAUGAAAAUUCUUCACUUUUGCAACAAUUGCCACACUGGGCUGCUGCUUCAAUCACAAUGGUUUUGGAUUUCCUUACACCCCCAUAUAAGGGUCAUCCUCGUGUGAUGGCUUACGUUCUAAGGGUGCUGGAAUCGUAUCCUCCUGAUUCGGUGACCUUCUUCAUGCCUCAACUGGUGCAGGCUUUAAGAUAUGAUGAUGAGAAGUUAGUGCAAGGAUACCUACUCAGAGCCACCACACGGAGUGAUGUAUUUGCUCAUAUUCUGAUAUGGAUGUUACAGGGAGAGACCUGUGAACCAGAGGCCGGAGUCGAAUUAAGCCCAGAGGCUGCUGCAAAGGGAGAAACUAGUCUUAUUGCUCUUUUAGGGCUGGCUAUGUUCAACUAA